AGAAUCGAAGGUGCAGUUCACAUGUUAUCCGGUUGUGGCCUGGUUUUAGUUCGCUGGGCUGCACUAAGCUACUCUUCGCUAUCAUUUUCUCUUGUUUCUUUAUUGGAUACAACGAAUCAAAUGUGAUGCAGACGAGUCGUAGACACAGUUGCAGCGCUGCAGACUUGUUACUGAUGAUAGCCCUGGAAUUUUUUUAAAACUGAUAUUAUAUUAUUAUUUAAAAAAAUUGCUGGCCAAUUCGACUCGAUGGGGCGAAAAAAGAAACAGAGGGCACCAAUAGAUGAACCUGCUUCUAGUGAAGAGGGAAUGCCUGAAGGUGAAGAUGGAGUUGGAGGUUGUCCCCAUGUGACCAGAGGUCUAGAUCUUGCACACCUCUUGAGGUCAUUCAGGAAGAAGACAUCUGAGUUGGAGACUUGCAAGAUCUGUGAAGGAGCAACACUCUUUAAGAAAGAAGAGGGAGAGAACACUCAAGCAGAAGGUGGGGAGACAUUGUGGCUGUGUUUACGUUGUGGAAUUUUGAGUUGUGGACCAUCAGGGUCAAUUGAAGAGAGUGGAAGUAGCAUUCAUGCACAUGUCAUCAAGCAUUUCUUCACACCACACUCAGAUUUGCAUUGUCUCUGUGUGGCACUUUCAGCUUGGAAUAUUUGGUGCUUUGAAUGUAAGAGGGAAGUGUCAGUCAGAAGUAGUAAGAAACUGACAUCUGCCAUCAAUUCUGUGAAGAGAGAGUUAGAUAAACCUCACCAUUCUCCAGGAGGAGAACAAGGGAGUCUUGCGCCAUCUGUGACCAGUCAAUCCUGUGAAAUGACAACAAUCGAUGAAAAGAACCUUUCCAAACCUCUCCUUCCACCUAUCAAGCCACCAUUAGAGGUGAAGCUCCCAGAAGCAGAUUCUCUACUCCAGGCUUUGUGUGCUCAAGUGAAACACAUGAGUAGCCAUGGAUCCAGGGGACCCUUGAACCCAGGCCAUCUCUUUGGUCAUAUCUCUAAUCGUGCCCCUCAGUUUAGGGGUGGAGACAUGCAUGAUUCACAUGAACUUCUUCGCAUCUUCCUUGACUUCAUUCAGAAUGAAGAAAUAAGACGAUGUAAGGAGGCAAUCUUGGUGGCAUUUGGGCUUUCAAGGAAGACAAAUCCCCAAUCUGUGGAGGAGAGUGUUCAUCAACGUAUUCGAGCAUAUGGCCACCAGGCGAAGGAUACACUUGUGGAAUGGAUCUUUGGAGGAGUGUUUCUGAAUGUGAUUACUUGUGAGACAUGUCAUGAACCUUCCUUGCAUGUUGAACGCUUUAUGGAUGUCUCCCUGCCUGUGGUUGAAGAACGAGUCAUAAGACCAAGGAAAAAAGGGGUUGUGGAUGUGGUCGAUGGAGACAGUCCUGGUUGCUUUGGUAAGAGUCAAAUCCCAUCUGGAACCAACAAAUAUCAGCAGAAGAGAGCAAAGCAAGAGAAGAGAUUGGCCAGGAGGAAAGAGAAGGCACAUAAGGUGUUUGUUGCUAAGUCUGGCUCUCAGCCAUCACAAGAUGAUCAUCAUCUUAAGAAGGAGAAGAAAGAAAUUGACUCAGAUCCAGGUGGAGGGGAACAGAAGGUGGAAGAUGGUGAGAGACAGCAAGAAAAGUCAGACAAUGAGGAAGGCAAUGAUCUGGAAGCAACAUGCAAAGUUGAUGCGAAUGCAGACAUUGAGGAAAAUGAAGAAUCAGAACUGGUACAUUUUCUGGACCUGGGUCUCACCUUGGGUGAAGCCCAUCCCCUUCCUCAAGGCUCAGAUGUGAUAUCAGCUGAUUCUGGCUACAUUGGUGGCAUCGCAUCAUCUCAUUCAAGUGGUAGCCCUGGCCUUGCAUCAAACAAGCUAUCUGAAGAUAGUGGACGACUCACUGGGCAAGACACAUGUUCUAUGAUCUCUGUUGAUGAUGUUGAACGACAAGGUCUCUCCCAAGAGGAGAUUUGUACUGCAUUUUCUAUCUCGCAAAAUGAAACUGUGGGCCCUAAGUGUCUUCAAUCUGAUGAUGGCCUGGAUAGAUCUCCAACUUUCAGUGUUGGCUGUGGGGAUACAGACUUGACUGUGGAGCAUGGGUCUCUGGAUUCAUGUAGCAGUGGUUCACCUCAUUACAUGCCUUCAUUGUCUGAUCAGGAAGUUGAACUUGAUGAUGCUGUUGUUGAAGGGGUCAUUGGGGAAGAGCAGGAGGGUUCAUCAAGUGAGAAGGAUCCACACAUGGAUGAAUCAAUGCAACAUUUGAAGCAACACUUUGUUUCUGUUGGCCUCAAGUCCCUGGGCCCAAAAUACCAUGUCAAGGAACAUGAAUGCUCAAUAGAGUCCCUCUUAGCUCGCUUCACAUCACCAGAAUUGCUGAUGGGUGCCAAUAAGAUUGCAUGCCAGAAUUGCUCCCAGGCUGAAUAUGGUUCCCAGGAAGAUGUGGAAUCCACUGGAUCAGUUUUUCGGAAUGCUAGUCAGCAGGGACUGAUACUUGUUCCGCCAGCCAUCCUCACUCUCCAUCUCAAGAGAUUUGAAGGAUCUAGUAUUGUUUGUCGGAAAGUAACUCGUCAUGUCUCUUUCCCACUCCUCCUAGACCUUGCUCCAUACUGCUCUGAUGUUUAUCGGUGUUUGAGGAAGGAGGAGGAAGGGCAGAGUGAGAAGAUGCUGUACUCCCUGUAUGCUGUAGUUGAGCAUUCAGGAACAAUGAACAGUGGCCACUAUGUGGCUUAUGUCAAGUCCAGGCCUACUAGUCCACAAUUUAGUCCUUGCCGGUUUCUCAACUAUGAACUUUCUCUCCAGGGUCAUCUUCCUUCCCUUCUUCACAGGUUUGCAUCAUGGCAGGCAGGGCAACAAGAGAAAAAAAAGGAGGAAGGGAGUAAAGAAGGAGAAAAUGGUUCAAAGGACCCUCAUGUUAUGUCAUCAGGGAAGUGGUACUAUGUAUCUGACUCUCGUGUGAUGGAGACCACUGAGGCCAAGGUACUUCAUAGCCAGGCCUAUCUGCUUUUCUAUGAGCGCAUAUCAUAGGGUCUUCAUUUGCUCCACAUCUUGAUAAAUAUGUCUUUCAGCCAUUCUGUGUCGUCUCUUGUGUGUGAUAUGACUGAAAACCAUACAUCCUGUUUACAGGCCCUUGUCUUGGGCUUUUUUUUGCCUCUUUUUCC